AUGGCCGAACCACCUUCUCUGGAAGAUAUUUUAGCAAGAAAAAAGAAAGAGGAAGAAGAACAAGAAAAGCCAAAAUUCCUGAGUAAGGAAGAGCGAGCAGCGCUGGCUCUCCAGCGACGUGCGGAGCAAGUAGAGAGAAUGAGGGAAAAUCAAAGGCGAAUAGAAGAAAGUCGAAAGCAGUUUGAAGCAGAGGCAAAGAGAUCUGAUCGCGAUCGGGAAAGAGAUCGAGAUUACGACAGAAAUCGCGACAGAAGUAGGGAAAGGCGAGAUCGCAGCCGAUCAAGAGACCGCAAAGAUCGUGACAAACGCGAAAGAAGUAGAAGUAAAGAAAGAGAUCGGGACAGAAGAGGUAGAAGUAGAAGCAGAGACAGAGAUAGAGAGCGGAGAGACCGAAGCAGAAGUAAAGAAAAACGCGAUCGUGACAGGGAACCUCGAGCAACUCGUUCGGAAAAGGUUGAUGAAGAUACCUUCGAUCUCAAUAAAUUGCAAGAAGCAGUGAAGGUACGUUAUCUGGGCAUGCAAAAAGAAAAAAAGAAACGUGGGAGGCGCCUUCAUGAACGGAAGUUCGUAUUCGACUGGGAUGCAUCAGAGGACACAUCACAAGAUUACAAUAAGCUGUACCAAAAACGACAUGAGGUGCAAUUUUUUGGUCGUGGUGCAAUCGCUGGCAUUGACGUAAAUACCCAAAAGAAAAACAACAAUGUUUUCUAUCAAGCAAUCAUGGAGAAGAGACGUACAGCAGAAGAGAAGAUUAUGGAGAAAGCCCGACUUGAAAAAGAGAAACAAAAGGAACGAAAGUCCGCCCAUGAUGAUCGACAUUGGAAGAUGAAACCCUUAGAAGAAAUGACAGAGCGUGACUGGCGUAUUUUCCGCGAAGACUUCAAUAUUUCAAUCAAGGGUGGUCGGGUUCCGAAGCCAAUUCGUUCUUGGGAGGAGUGCGGUCUCCCUGAUGAGGUUUACCAAGCUAUACAAAAAGUGGGCUAUGUGGAACCAACUCCUAUUCAACGGCAGGCAAUUACCAUCGGUCUGCAAAAUCGUGACGUAAUCGGUGUUGCAGAAACGGGUUCCGGUAAAACGGCUGCAUUCUUAAUCCCUCUUCUGGUAUGGAUAACUGGCUUGCCCAAGCUAGAGCGUCAAGAGCACUAUGAUCAAGGUCCAUACGCGGUUAUCUUAGCUCCAACAAGAGAGUUAGCUCAACAGAUCGAGGAGGAGACCAAUAAGUUUGGGGAACUGUUAAAAAUUCGUACUGUUUCUGUCAUUGGAGGAGCGUCCCGUGAAGACCAAGGAAUGAAGUUACGUCUGGGAGUGGAGGUUGUAAUAGCUACUCCCGGCCGUCUUCUGGAUGUGUUAGAGAACAGAUAUCUUCUGCUCAAUCAAUGUUCGUACGUAAUUCUUGAUGAGGCCGAUCGUAUGCUUGACAUGGGUUUUGAACCUGAAGUGCAGAAGGUUUUGAGCUACCUACCAGUGUCAAACCAGAAGCCCGAUACUGACGAUAUUGAACACGAGGAAGCUUUGAUGAACAACUUUGCCACAAGAGAGAAAUAUCGGCAAACAGUUAUGUUCACAGCAACGAUGUCACCAGCCAUAGAACGACUGGCUCGGGCGUAUUUGCGGCGUCCUGCUGUGGUGCACAUUGGCUCUGCUGGACGUCCUACAGAGAGAGUUGAACAGAUAGUCUACAUGUUGUCAGAAGAUAGGAAGAAGAAGAAAUUGGUUGAAGUAUUGGAGGAACACUUUGAACCACCAAUUAUCAUCUUCGUUAACCAAAAGAAGGGUGCGGAUCUACUUGCGAAAGGUCUAAGUAAAUUGAAUUUCAAUCCAGUUGUCCUUCAUGGUGGUAAAGGUCAGGAGACUAGAGAAUACGCACUGCAAGCCCUUAAGGAGAAGACGAAAGAUAUUCUCGUUGCAACAGAUGUUGCUGGAAGAGGAAUCGAUAUAAAGGAUGUCUCUCUUGUGUUGAACUAUGAUAUGGCGAAAUCAAUAGAGGACUACACCCAUCGUAUCGGAAGAACAGGUCGUGCUGGCAAGCAUGGAAAAUCCAUCACGUUCCUCACCCCCGAUGACAGUGCUGUCUUCUACGACUUGAAGCAAUGUCUCAUGGAAUCGCCUAUUUCGACGUGUCCGAUAGAACUAGCGAACCACCCUGAUGCUCAGCAGAAACCAGGCACCUUUACCACUAAGAAACGCCAAGAUGAGACUUUGUUUAAGUAG